GGCGAGGUGGCAUCCAACACAAGUUUACAGCUUGACAUGAAGAAAAUGCUGCUGCCUGCAUGCCCAUGCAAAUAAGACAGCCUGUAUUUCCACACGGCCCACCGCAUCUCCUACAACAGCCCAAAUCCUCCGCAUUAUAUAUUUCAUCACCAUCACUCCUCACCAAUUCAAUUCCUUCCUUCUUUGCUUCCUCCGAUCUCAUCAUCUCCCUCCAUGGCAACCAGGAUACUCCUACCGAUAAUCCUCCUCUCUCUGCUUCUAUCCAUGGCAGUUGGGACGCACCCAUCGGAGACUAGCCAGAGUACAACCGAGCAACCCCAGCUCAAGGAGCUCAAAGUGAGCAGACCGUCCCGCAAAAUCAAGUCAGAGGGCGGCUUGACCGAGCUCUUUGAUCCGAAGGAAAACCAGUUCCAGUUUGUCGGAACUGCGGUGUUAAAGAACACUUUGAAACCCAAGACCCUCUCUUUGCCCAACUUCCAUCCUGCACCUCGUCUCGUUUACAUCGAAAGAGGUAGAGGCUUGCUAGGUAUAACAUAUCCAGGAUGUCCAGAAACAUACCACUCUGAGACGAGCACUGGUGGCCGUGAGGACAGUGAGAAGAAAGAAAAGGAAAGUGGCAGCAUAAAAAGAGACCAACACCAAAAGGUGCACCGGGUUAAGCAGGGAGACAUUGUACUCCUCCAAUCUGGCGUAACCCACUUCUGCCUAAAUGACGGUGAUGAGGAUCUAGUUGCUGUCUCCGUCAAUGACCUCAACAACGUGAAUAACCAACUUGGCCGCAGAUUUAGAGCAUUUUACCUUGCUGGUGGGGUACCCAAGGAGCAACGGGAGAGUGAAGAAGACCCUGAGUUCUUCCAAAAUAUAUUUCGUGAAUUGAAUGCAGAGUUGCUGGCUGAGGUCUAUGACACUUCGGUGGAAAUUAUAAAGCAAAUGCAGGACGAGGAGAACGACCGUGGUCUUAUUGUUAAAAUUCGAGAAGGGAUAAAAGUGAUUAGGCCUAGUGAACAAGAGCAAGAUGAAGAGGGGAAAGAAGAUAUAGUUCUAAAACAACAAAAUGGAUUGGAAGAAGUUUCUUGCACUGCGAAAAUUAACCAAAACAUUGAUAAACCAAAGGAUGCAUACAUCUAUGCUAGGAAAGCUGGAAGGCUCAAUGUUGUGAAUGAGCUCACUCUUCCCAUCCUUCGACUUGCAGACAUGAGCGCUGAAAAGCUCAACCUUCUCCCGAACGCAUUGUUAGCGCCGCACUACACAAUGAAUAGCCACACCAUUGGCUACGUGACUGAAGGCCAGGCGCAUGUCCAAAUUGUAGAUUACAAUGGGCAGAUUGCACUAAAUGAAACACUGCACCGAGGGGAAGUGUUUGUCAUCCCUCAAUUGUUCGUCUCUAUAUUAAAGGCUGGAAAAAGUGGCUUUGAAGUUGUGUUCUUUAAAACAAGUAGCCGACCGAUGGUGAGCUCUCUAGCUGGUUACGGUUCAAUUUUAAGGGGCUUGCCACUUCAAGUGAUCACCAACUCAUACCAAAUCUCCCCUAAUGAUGCCCAAGAGGUGAAACAAAAUAGGAAAUACGAACACUUACUAUUGUCUCCUAGCCCUCGGCAUUCCUCCUCUUAGAUCAUGCUCAAGUCGUUCCGUUUCUAGAACUACCAUCAUGCUCUCCUAUAAAGGCUAGGCUUAUGUUUUAACCUUACUGUAAAUCAGAAGGUGAACUUUUGUUUGUAUGUAUGAGCAAGACCUUUAUCUAAUAAAUAAAAUGUCGUAUUUUAGUUUAAA